UGGACACUAAGCUUAACUGACGACAACAUGGGGGCAACAACGAGUCUAUUUUGUGUUUUGUAGGAAGUUUUCUGAUUUUGCGCAAUUAUAUAUGUACAACCAUAUAUUUAUUCAUGACUUAAGAGAAAGUAAGGAAUAAGUUUAUUUUAAUCGUUAUGGAUGAUGACGAACCGGAUUUGGACAUAAAACUCGAUCAGUUUGGUGAUUCUACCUCACAGCAAAGAGAACUUUCACCGACAAUAUUUUUACCAGAGAGUAAAGUUCCAGCUAACAUAAAGAAAUCCAGUGAGACAUGGGAAGAUGGAAUUUCCUUUGACAAUGAAGGGAUAACUGACAAUUUGGGCAAAUUACUAGACGCAGCGGAGCAUGGGAGAGUGAAUGAAGUAAAGGAACUGUUGGCGAAGUAUCCAAGACUUCAUGAGGGUUGUGAUGCAGACGGCUACUCAGCACUGCACAGGGCGUCCUACGAAGGACAUGUUGACGUUGCCAAGGUGCUUCUGACAUAUGGUGCAAACGUCAUGGCAACCACACAUGAUGGAUGGCACCCUCUCCAUUCAGCAUGUCGGUGGGGUCAGGUUGAAGCUGCAUCUCUUCUUCUUCAGAAUGGAGCUAACAUUAAUGCCCUAACCAAUGGGAAACAGACUCCAUUGCACCUAGCAGCAUUAGGAAUUGGAGGGACCGCCACACUUAAACUUCUCCUGUUCAACAGGAGAUUGGAUGCCACCAUACUUAAUACCCAGGGAGAGACUGCUCGUGAUAUUGCAAAUAGAAGUGGCAAAUGGGUAGACCUGUUUGAAGCUGUUGAAGAAAGUAUGAAUGUGCAAUAAAAUGGAUUUAACAUA